CUAGACUCUCUCUCUCCCUCCUCAAAUCCCUGUCUUUUUCAACCUCUUUUGUUCGCUUCUGUCUCUCCCCUCGUUCUAUAUGCAAUAAUAACACUCCAGAAGAACCUCUCAGCUCCCAGAGAAUCGAAAUCACACCUCCACCUCUGGUACCGCAAACCCAGCACAGCCACCAAAAACCCAGUAACUCCAGCUGCAUUUCCUCACCUGGGUAUCUCUCAAAACCCCAAAAUGGACCAGAAAACUCCUCUGCAAGCCCUACCGGAAGCCUCCCCAAAACCCAGCAAGAAAAGCUUCGUCACGUCCCUAAUGUCCCCCCGCACCCCCUCCUUCCAUGAAGACACCUACUUCGUCUCCAACCUCAAAUCCUCCGAAAAGAAAUCCCUCCAAGAACUCAAAGACAAGCUCGCCGUCUCGGACUCCUCCUCCGCCGCCAUGUGGGGCAUUCCCCUUCUGGGAAACGACGAAAAGGCCGACGUCGUCCUCCUUAAGUUCCUCCGCGCCAGGGACUUCCGCGUCCCCGACACUUUCACCAUGCUUACCAAAUGCCUGGCGUGGCGGAAGGAGUUCGGCGCCGACGGCGUCGUGGAGGAGGACUUGGGGUUCAAGGAGCUGGAGGGGGUGGUGGCGUACAUGCACGGAUUCGACAAACAGGGGCACCCUGUUUGCUACAACGCCUAUGGAGUUUUUAAAGAUAAGGAAAUGUAUGAGAGGAUUUUCGGGGACGAUGAGAAGCUGAAGAAGUUUCUGAGGUGGAGAGUGCAGGUUCUUGAGAGGGGGAUCAAUGCCCUGCACUUUAAGCCAGGCGGGAUCAACUCGCUAAUUCAGGUGACUGAUCUGAAGGACAUGCCUAAAAGGGAGCUCAGGGUUGCUUCCAACCAGAUCCUCUCUCUGUUUCAGGACAACUAUCCUGAAAUGGUUGCAAGAAAGAUUUUCAUCAAUGUGCCGUGGUACUUCAGUGUUUUGUAUUCUAUGUUCAGCCCAUUUCUGACUCAGAGGACAAAGAGCAAGUUUGUGAUAGCCAAGGAAGGAAAUGUUGCAGAAACACUAUACAAGUUCAUAAGGCCCGAGGAUGUUCCGGUUCAGUACGGAGGCCUGAGUCGACCGAGUGAUGCACAAAACGGCCCCCCUAAACCAGCUUCCGAGUUCACUGUCAAAGGAGGAGAGAAAGUGAACAUACAGAUUGAGGGGAUUGAGGCUGAUGCAACAAUCACAUGGGACAUAGUAGUGGGAGGGUGGGACUUGGAGUACACUGCAGAGUUCGUGCCUAGUGCAGAAGGCAGCUACACUAUCCAAGUGGAGAAGCCAAGAAAAGUGAUGCCCUCUGAAGAAGCAAUCCACAGCUCCUUUACUCCCAGUGAAGCAGGAAAGAUGGUUUUCUCAGUUGACAACUCUGGCUCCCGCCGGAAAAAAGUAGCUGCCUAUCGCUACAUUGUCUGCAAAUCUGCUCCUGUUUAGAGCCAAAUCAACAACUGGGAGGGGCAUAAUUAGUUAUAAACUCGUAGUAAGGUUUUUGCUUUUGCAUCUUGCUUUCUGUGUCCUUUUUCGAGGGGUUUAGGUUGUGAACCCUGUUUUUAGUCUGCUUGAGAGUACUAGUAGUGUAAUCUAUAAAAAGGAUGGCAUGAUAUAUAUCGUUUAAUAUAGAGGAAAACAUAUCUAUUGACUUUGGUUUGAUACCA